AUGUCCCAACAAUCGGCAUUGGAUUUCGUAGAGGAAAGACUCACAAACCUUACCAUAAUAGACGAAAAACUUGUGGCGCUACUACAACAUGUCUCCUCGACCCUUGAAAAUGUCAAACAAGGCAGAAUCAGCGAAUUAACAGCAAGCUCAUCCCCUGUAUCCUCGUCAUCUUCAGAUUACAUGAACCACUCAACCUACGAGUUCCAAAAAUCCGUAACCAACUUUUAUCAAGAUCUUGAAUUCAUGUCAUCUAGACUUCGAAGAGAAAUCAUCUUGAUGGAUAAACAGACCCUGUUUAAUCAAACCAACCCCAACGAUGUCAGUCUACUUCCAAUCACAAUUGAUAAAAAAGCGUCGUGGGUAGGCGAUUGGAAAUUUACAAAUCAGAUCAACGAAAUCAAGCAAUUACUCAACCAAGAUACAAACUAUCCCGAUAAAAUUGACUUUAGUCAAAGACGUCCAAGAAAGCCAGAUGAAAAAAUAUCGCCGUUGUCACAAAUAUCACCAAAGGAAACUAAUAUUGAAGUACAUAAGUCGACCAAUGAUGUGAAGAACACCACCGAACCUCAAACAAGUAUCGAAAAUAGUAAUGCCCAAAUAAUGAGUACCAACCCUCAACCCACGGAAGUUGCAAAUAAAUAUCCAGAACCACCACAGGAUGAUUCUUCAAAGCCGAAAAUUGAAAAAGAAACAAAUGAAGUUAUUGAAAUAGAUGAUCAUGAUGAUUUUGAAAUGGUGAGCUAUGACCUGAAGAAACAAUCGGAUAAUGUUAAUGGAGAACCAAUAGCUAUUGAUGAAAUAACGUCUGGCGAGUCUUCACCUGCAACAAAAAAUGAAGUGAUUGAUUUAGAUAAUGAAAACGAUAUUCUCUAG